ACGUUUUAUUUAUUAAUACAUAUUACUGCUUAUUAUUAGUUUUCAAUUUGUUUAGUUGAGUCUAGAUUUUACUCAACUGUUUGUUUUAGCUUACUGAUUUUGGACAGAUUUACCUCUGGAAUGGACAAGUUUACUUUUUAAUCAGUGCACGUCAUUGAUUUCAUGUUUGCUUUGUAUCAUCAGUUCAAAACAGAACAGUAAGUAAAAGUGCAAGUGAGAACACUGACUAGUUAAUCAAGAUAGAUUAGAUAAUUUGUUACCACAAAUGACAGCAAUUAACUUGAUAUAAAGUUUCACCCUAUGUUAAUGAAAUUGUUUAUGUAUAAUUAUCAGCAUAUCUCUAAACCAACUAUAUACAUGGUAUGACUGUUAGUUGACAAUGGACUUUGUUCUUCAGUAGAUAUUUAUCGUGCUGUUAGUGCAUGCAGCUAGCAUAUAAUAAGCGUUAAGACGUUGAGGUUUAGUACAUUAGUUCAUACUUACUAAAAUGCGUUUUGUCUUCAUGCAACACAUUCUUGUGUAAAUGACACAAAGUCUAUUCAUAAAAGUAGCCAAAAUAAUACAAAGCUUUUCAAUCAAAGGACAGUUUAAAAUAUUUAUUUAAAAAUGGCAACUUAUGAAGGUUCUGUUAACAUUAGUUCAGAUGCAGUGAAGGACUAUGUUUGUGGCGCUUGCGAAAGUAAACAUAUUGUAGAAAGUGCUGACUAUUUUUGUGAAACGUGUAUGACGUUUUUCUGCGGAAAUUGCAUUCAUCAUCAUGAUCAAUUAUAUGCAAAUCAUUCCAAAUAUGGAAGAGGAGAAACAAAUAAAUGGCCUCUUGCGAAGAAAAUGGAGGAUUUGCUGCUGAAAUGUGAUGUUCACAACAAUGAGCAGCUAAAAAUGUUUUUCCAGGAUCAGUCAGCUAUGCUGCUCUGAUUGCGUUUUACUGAAUCACAGACAGUGUUCCAAUGUAGCCCUAAUUUCUGAGUCAGUCAAAAAGCUGAAAUUUGAUAUGCAACAGUUGUCAAACAAUCUUCAAACUGUUCUUAAUGAGCUAAAUAAGUUUAAAAGUACUCAAGAUGCCAGCAUUCAGACCUUGGAGAAAUCAUAUAAUGAUGAAUUGCAAGAAAUCAGAGACAUGCGUCAGAAAUUAAAUACUGCCUUGGACAAACUAGAAAAUACAACAUUGAAAGAACUAGAUGCAUUUAGAGCUGCAUUGAAAACCUCUCUCAAGAAAGAUAUUGACAACUGUAGCAGCUUGAAGGAUGAACUGCAACAACUCAAUGAAGCUGUUCAGGAACUUUGCAAUAAGAGCAAACAGGAUCUUGAGUUCGUAGCCAGCAGGAAAUGUCUACAUAAAAUUCAGGUAUCUGAGACAUUUCUGAAGAAAAUUCCUGUGAAGGCUAUUGGGACCAUGAUAUUCCAGGCUGAUAUUGGCAUAGAGCAGUAUCUGUGUAAACAGUCAAGUCUAGGGAGGAUAAUAGACGGUAUGCAGUCUCUCACAUUAAAGAUGAAAUCAGACCAGGUGAUUAAUGUGAAGAGGAAGUCUGAGUAUAACGUGAGAAUGUCAAGUGACAAAGGUCAGAUUUACAACAUUCCUGGCAUUUGCACCCUGCCUAAUGGCCAGGUCAUUCUUUUAGAUAGGAAAGUGAAGCUGUUGGAUCAGCAUUACAAUGUGUCCAGCCACUGUGAUGUUUCCAGGCACCAAAUAGAUAUUUGCCAGGUCACAUCAAGUGAGGUGGCUGUGACAGUUAAUAGUGCCCCUAUUAGUGGUGUUGUGCAGUUUAUCUCUGUGAUAAAUGGACAGCUGGUGAUUGGGAGGAAGUUUGAGUUGCACCAUAUGGUUGUUGGAAUUGCUCACCAUAAAGGAGCGUUGUAUAUCACCUCUGGCACUGCACUGUACCAAUACCACAUGGAUGGGAUAAUUAAUAAAAGGCUGUAUGAGGAUACAGGUGGCUCUCGUGCAGUGUCGAAGUGUGCAGUGAGUCCUGCUGGUGACAGGAUCUACGUCACCAACCUCGACCAACAUAAGCUAAUCACGCUGACAUCAGAUGGCUUUCUUAUAUCCUCCUUCACUGAUCCUGAGCUGCAACGACCAUAUGGUGUAAAUGUCACACCUGCAGGACAGGUCCUUGUCUGUGGAUUAGGCUCCAAAACUGUAAUACAGGUGGAUCGUGAUGGGAAAAAGAAACUGGCAACUCUGAUUUCACAAAAAGAUGAACUUUUUCAGCCAUUUUCUAUCUGCUUCAACUCCAACAUGAACUCUAUCAUUUUGGGACUAAAUAAUGUCAGAAUUAUGGCUUUGGAAUUGCACUAGGUUUUCCUGGGCCUGUAUUCACCAACCGAUUCUUAGACAUAAGAAUAAAGAAUAGACUUAGAUCAAGAAAAUUAUGCUCAGUGUUUGAGUCUUUACAGUCUACCACUGGUGAUUUUGCCAUAAAUAAAGCAUUCUACAUGAAGAAUGAUGUAAAUAGAGGUAAGUAAUGCCAACUUUGACUCAGAAAUCAAGCUUAGCAGCUCUUGAAUAUCCAAUUUAAAGAAUAUAAGUUAUUCUUAGAUUGAAGUCUAAGAAUUGGUUGGUGAAUACGGUCCCCGCUGAACAAAGUUGAAAAUGUAAUGUUUAUGUUGUCUUAGAAUUUAUUUUAGCUCAAUUGCAUCGAAAGCCACGGGCUUAUUGAAACAUUAUCGAGUCCGUUUCCUGAGCCAAGAACCAGUGCUUGGUGCCUUUGGGGGAAAUCUAAAAAAAAUGCUCCCACAUUGCGGAUCGAACCCAUGACCACCAGACAGACGCCUUAUCCAUAACACCACGGCAACCUCCGUGUAUUAGUGUUCAUUAUCACAUUCUGCAUUGUUCUCCAUCUUGCAAUAAGCCACCUGUAGAUGACAUUGUCAUGGCAAAAACAACCUUCAUUGUAAGUAAUGAAUAAAUAUAGCACUUGCUGCCAUCAAA